UCCGAAAACACUGCGCCACGUCUCUGUUUCCUCCGUUUUAAUGGGUUGGGAUUUGGGAAUCGCUCUUCUGGCUGCUGCUUUGUUUCCCUCUCAACAUUGCCUUUUUUGCCUCUUCUUUCUAUCAGGUGGGGUUCUUCUUUAUUUCUAUUUUCUUUGCCAAAGUUUGUUCCUUUCGUCAUUAUUCUCUACUUUCGCUCCCAAGAACGUGGUCUCCGCCACCCUCGAUUUGACUGUCCUCUUCGCGGAGUUUCUGCACCACCUCUUCUCCGCUCAGGCUUCCGAGCUCGAACUACAGCAACAGCUCAACAAGAACGACGCCAGUUACGCUCUCCAACAACACCGAUGUGCCCUAGCAUUUUCAUCGGUUUAUAAGCUUUAUGAUAGAGCAUAUGGACUGAUACCUCCUGAUUCGGCUGCACGGAAACAUGUCUACUCUUUUGACCAAACCUGGGUAACUCAUCUUUACCAGAAGGUGACAUUCUUUCAGGCGGAGGCUCGUUAGAGGCAAUCAUCCAUCCUACCCGAAUCCGAGCGACCUGCUGUAUACUCACGGGUCACAUCUUGUGCUCUUGAUCAUGAUGCAGAAUGUGUCACUGAGAUCUUACUUAGAGGGAUUUGCAGGACCCCCAACCUACAACAAAUAUACGUUGACCUCCUCCUCUCCGAGUACAAUCCUUUCAAGAUUGUCAAGGAUGGAAAGCUGGUGGCUUACCCAUGGGACAUGCCUCCUCCUUAUCCAACAAAUUCGGCAAUCCUCUCAUCUUCGAUGUCUUCUUCGCCGUUUUCACAUAUUCUUGCAUUCCUUCCUUUGAAGAAGACUGAGCCCUUGAAUCUCUAUGAUCCCCUGCGCAAUUAUUUUGUCCUCAAAUACUCUGAGAGCGUGGCAAAGAGAGUAGAAGGCCUUCUCGAAAUGCUACACAAAUUGCGCAAUCAGAUGCUGCGUGAUGACCUUUCUCUACCCUCUCGCCGUGACUGCCUCAUCCGUUAUUUCAAAUGCCUUUGCAUGAUUGAGCCUUUCUUCCCUAUGAAUACCUCACCCAACCCUCCUAUCUUCGUUUGGUACAAUGCCAUCAACCCGCAACAGGACUCUUUUCAACAUAAAAUCCAUUUGGAGAAGGCCUCUGUUCUCUUCAACCUGGCAGCCCUCUGCACCCACAUUGCUCUCUCCUGCGAUCUCACCAACAUCCAAGGCCAUCUCCUGGCCUUGGGCGCCUUAAGUGGUGCUUUAAAUUGGUUGUCUCUACUGAUUUUUGCAUCUAAGAGGGCAUUGGCACGAUUGACUUGUCAGAACAAUACACCACUAUGAUAAACAAUGAGAUUGUUAGCUUGAAAUUAAAGUUUUGGCCUCGUCCCCAAGCUGAUGUAUCAUCGUUAUCUGGAUAUCCUGCUUCAGCUUAUGAUCCGUCGAAAUUUGGGCCUUUAGCUGAGUAUCUUGUAAAAUCCUGGAUACCUCAAUAUCGACUGUCGAAGAGGAAAACCUGCAAUGUUGAAACGGGUCCGAGUGAUGUAACUGAACAAUUUCUUUUAGGUUAUUGUAAGUCUCACUUCCUGCUUCAAGUGGUAUGUCAACCACCAUGUUUGGACUUUCUCUCUGAGGUUAGCCCUGUCAAGAUUAAGGAUGGAAAUCUUGUGGCCAAUGCAACCUUAGAGGGACUAAAUUUGGCAUUGGAGAACAUGAGCUUGCAGGAGACCAGCGACGGAUACAUGUAUAUUGGUGUGGGGUAGCUGCACCUACUAUAAUUUGAGAUUUUUUUUUAUUAAUACAUGAUGCCCAUUAGGAUGAUUAGUUCAAACUUUAAAUAAGAUUGGUAUGUUUUCUUAAAAAUCAAUUUAAAAGAGUAUUAGUUAUGUU